UUCUCUGGAUGUAAGUCAGCAUCUGGAUCCUAAUAAAGAUGAGAUCAGAAAGGGUCUGCCUGGGAAAAUGAAGGAUAUUCCCUGGGGGGUGAAGUUUGACAUUCCCUCCAUCACCCUUGAGUCAGACAGUGGCAGCUGCAGAUCAUCUAAAAAAACACCCUGUAGGAAGGAGGGGUCUCUGGACACCCAUCUCAGCCCAACUUUCUCUGGUUUGCCAAAAAGCCCAGCUCAGCAGAUCUCAAAUGCUAAGCCCUGGACUCGCUCAAGCCCCAACACAGACACAGCUUGUGAGAACCACCUGUGCCGAGCCAGCCUCUUCCAUCAGUCAAAAGCUGCAAGUAGCAUAUCCAUUGCCACAAAGGUCAGGGCUCCUGCCAGCCACAAUUCAGAGGGGACUCCACUGGAGGUGCUGCCAAAAGGCAACGCUGCUGCCAGUGCCACCCAGCACAGCAACACUGAUCAUGUCAAAGGACGGGACCUCCAGAAACAAGUCAAGGGGCCUGCAGAUGGUGCCAGCAGCCGUCAAAAGCUGCAGCCAGUUGCCCGCCUGGGGAGCCAGCCCAAGACUAAACACAAGUCAGCCGGGGAGCAGGAACUCUUUGUGGCCCCAAGGGAUUGCAGUUUCAAGACUGCUGGAAGUCAAGGAAGCGGAUGCAGGAGAAAUGUGCCCUAAAAUGUAUUUUGGCCUCUGUGUGGUGAUGCUGAAAAGCAGAGGGGAGGUGAGCAGGGAGGAGAGGGACCUUAUAUGCUGUAGAAUACUUUUUCUCUAUCCCUACUUCAAGUCUGUCCUCUGUACUGUGUGCUCUAGCUGCUAGCUUGAGUUUGAGACAAGUAGGGUGUUAAGAGAGUCCAAGAGAAGAGGACAACCUCAUUUUCCCAGCACUGUUUGCCUCCCAGAAGAUAUCAGCAUUGAGACCAAGCUGCCUUUUUUCCCCAGGGCAGAAGUGUGGAUGCCACCCCUGCAUCCUAAAGGCUCCCUGACUAUUGAAAACAAAUGUAAAUGCCUGAGAAAUAGUUUCCCCGAUCUUCCCUGCUGUCCCUGUGUGUUGCUGUGAAGCUGGGAGGUGUGAUGCACGCCUGGAAUGCUGUUUGGGUGAGCAGAUGUUUGGCUGUGAGAGCAGCCAGAGACUGGUCUAAGCUCUCUUCUAUCUGCAGAGCGUUUCAGACCUGGCUGCAGCCAGAGAGGCAGCGUGGUGAUAAGUGAAGACCCUGAUAACAGCUACUAGC